AUGGAAUUUUCUGACAUUGCAAGAGUAAAAUGUUUCUUUUCUUUCAUAUUCACUGGCAAUUGGGUCACAUAUCCGUGCGCCCUUGUUCAUUUGUUUGACAAGGUUGACGACUGUCCCAACGAGGAUACCGGCAUGUGGAUAGUCCGUCCAAGUGUUCACAAUGAUGGAACCCCAAACCUCGCUGUUAUUCAUAUCAAUACAGUCUACCAUGCAGCACAUCUAAUCCCUGUCUACAGUCCCGAUUUCAUUCCUAGUGACAUGAAAUACUUUCAUUCUUAUGAUAUUUUCCGCUCAUUUUAUGUUAACAAAUACGCUGAUCACCAUGCCUUCGAGAUCGCAUCGUAA